AUGGGUGCACCUGGGAGACGGGGAGGGAAGGCGAACAAGCAAGCUCAAGAGACUCUCCCAGAUCAGGUGGCGGAGCUCGAAGAAGUGAUGGCGAAUGGCACACCGAAGAUGAAUGGCACUGUGGGCAAGAUCGACGAGCGCAUCGAGAGGGAAGAAAACAUCUUCCUCUUCAUCCCGAAUGUUAUCGGUUGGUCCAAAGGACGCCCCGCCCUUUGCUCAAUAAAAGCUGAACCAUCUCGUCUAGGCUACUCGCGAAUCAUCCUGGCCAUCGCCUCCCUCUACUACAUGCCGCUCCACCCCCGAACAUGCUCGCUCCUCUACUCGAUCUCCUGCCUCCUCGACGCGCUCGACGGCCUCGCCGCCCGCCGCUACAACCAAUCCACCACCUUCGGCGCAGUGCUCGACAUGGUGACCGAUCGCUGCACGACCUCGUGCCUGCUGGUGUUCCUCGCGUCAGCCUGGCCGAGAUGGAGUAUCGCCUUCCAAGGCCUGAUCAGCCUGGACCUGGCCAGUCACUAUAUCCACAUGUACGCGACAUUGACCAUGGGAGCGCAGGGACAGAGCCAUAAGAAGGUAGACUCGAGUAGGAGCCGGGUGUUGCAUCUGUAUUACACGAAUCGGACCGUACUCUUCCUCUUCUGCAGCCUCAACGAACUCUUCUUCAUAUCCCUCUACCUCCUCUCCUUCUCCUCCCCCUUGCUCACGCCUUCCCUCCUCCUCAACACCGACGCCAACAGCGACCCGAACCGCCCUUCCACCCUCGCAUCCUCCACCCAACCCGGCCACCCGGCCAACCCCGCACCAAGCACCCUCUUCCUCAACCCCUGGAGCGCCGGCGCCUUGGAAGCCGCCAGGGCGAACAAGAUGGACAGCACGGUCCCCUGGAUCCUGGCGGGGCUGAGCGCGCCCGUCUGCCUGGGCAAACAGGUCAUCAAUGUCAUUCAGCUGGUCAAGGCGAGUCGCUGGUUGGCGGAGGGGGAUGUGGAGGCUAGGAAGCGGUGGAGGAUGGAGCAGGAGGGAAAGAAGCAUACGUGA